CUGUAAGUGUCGCGCGGGAAACAAAGGGGAGUGAGGAGUCAACAGACACGCGCUCCAUCCCAACCCAUCAAGCCAUGAGAGAGGGAGAGAACGAGAGAGAGAGAGGCAGAGAGAGAUAAAUCGGCUGCACAGGGACGCAGGCAGAAAUAUUCACCGUCGGGUUGAGCGACGCUCCCCGAAAAAGAGAGAACAACUCCGCCAGGAGCUGAACUCCAACCCGGGAGAAUAACAAAAUUAAUGCAGAUUAUUAGAUCAUAGCAAUAUUGAUUCCCUAUAUCGUAUACUACGCCUCCGAGCGGGGGUUUUGUUUUUUGUAAUCGGAGGAGAGAGAGAGAUACAUUUCUUAUUGGAGGGGAACGAGUCUGACCACUGAGAUGUCGGAAGCUUUGUCACAGGAAGAGAGACUCCGGGCCAUUGCUGAAAAGAGAAAGAGAGAUGCUGAGAUUGAAAACAAAAGAAGACAACUGGAGGAUGACCGCAGACAACUCCAGCAUCUUAAGUCAAAGGCACUGAGAGAGCGAUGGCUUUUGGAUGGAGCGCCAUCCAGUGGAGAGGAUGAGGCACAGAAACAAUUAAAUGAUGAUGAAGUCAAAGCCAAACUACUGGAGAAAACCAUCCUCAGAUUAGAACAGGAGAUUGAUGAACUUGAGAGUGGUGAGCCUGUGAAUAAAGGAGAUAAACAGGGCAAUGAAAAUGCACCUGAUGGUCAAGUAAAGGCAGUUGAGAAUGGCCUACAGCAGCCCAGCCCAAAAGCCGACCAAAACACCAAGAAACAGAUCACAGGCAUAGAGGCCAAGCUGCAGUGCACCAACCCUGAUGUAGCCAUUGAGAAUGCCAGCGCAGAGCACCCAGUCACCAUGGUGUUUAUGGGCUACAAGAAUGUAGAGGAUGAAGCAGAGACCAAGAAAGCUCUGGGCAUAGAGGAAACAGUGAAAGCUGAAUUUGUGGUCAUCGAGGAUGGGGAGAGCAAAGGAGGAAAUGAGGGGGCCAAGGGGGACCAGGCUCCGCCCAACGGCAGCACCUCCAGUCCUGACAAAGCUCAGGGUGAGGCUAAGAAAGAUGAAUCAAAAGAAGAAGGCAAUUCAAAAGAAAAGCAGCCAUGCAAGUGCUGCACAGUCAUGUGAGUCCGGCCGCUCGUUCUGAAGUUCAAACUCUCACGGAAAACAUAACGCAACAAUGAAUAAGUAUACACUGUAUACUUACGAUUAA